ACCAACAAUGGCUGCAAAUUUUGUUGAGAAUCAUAUGGAGAAUGUUACUAUUGAACCUCUCUUGGCAAAACAGAUGAGGAAAGACCCUGGUGCAACUACAAGAAAGAGCGUUGUGGUUCUAACGAGGGGAAAUGUUGGAAUGAGGGAUGGUAUGGUGUUUAUGCCAAACACCAUUGAAAUGGCUAUACUCAAAAAACCAGAUAAAGGGCAAUUUAAAACAAACAUACCAUUUUCUUCAAACAUGACAGAAACUGAUGUAAAAUGCACAUUGAUGGAAAACUUUCCAAUUUUGAGAGACAAAAGGUUUUACUGUGCUUCAGUGGUUGACUAUCGAACAAGAUUGGAAUUUCAUGGUGAACCUCGCAUUUGGGAUGGACGCUUCAUCAAGAAAGUGAUCAAAGGAAACUCAGCUCUUUAUAUCUUUGUAGAAGAGGAUGGGGAUUUUGGAGAAUCAGAGGUGGUGGAGGAUUUGGGAUAUGAAUCUUCCAUUAGAGAGCAGUUAGGAAUUAAACGUUUAUUUGACCAGAUUACAACAUGUAGAGAGUUGACAAGCAGUGAGAGCCCAGUGAAAAUGUCACUAUCAUCAAUAGAUGGUCCUGCUCAACCAAGCCCUGAAAAGCUUCCUGUUAUAAUUUCUACACAUGAUGAUCCACUUGAAAACAGUUCAAGUUAUUCAAAUUCGGUAUCAGGGCUGGCUGAAAAAAGCGCUGAGAAAAGUGAUGUUGAGUUAUCAAAUGAAAGACUGCUCAUGAAUGUGCAGCAAGAACUUGUGGCACCAAGUAAUACAAUAUUAUUCCUGCAUAAUCCAUUACAGCAGUCUCUUCCAAUGGAAAACAUUCUUCAGGACACACAUAUAGCUCCAGCUGGUGCAGGCAUGAGAAGUGACACUUAUGCUAAAAAUUUGAUGUUGUUGAAGAAAGAGGACUUAGCACAAAGGGAUGGUAAAAUAAUUAUGCCAACCACUAAUCAGAUGGCAAGAAUGAGAAAGACUGGACAGUAUAAAAAACACGUCCAAUUUUCCAAAAGCAUGUCAGAAGAUGCAGUGAGGAAAACAAUUCAAGAAACAUUUCCUGCCUUUGACUUAAGUGGAAGGUUUUCUUGUGCAUCGAUCAGUAACACGGAUAGUACUCUUCAAUUUCACGGGCCUCCUCGUGUAUGGGAUGGAAAAACAAUAAGAAGAAUCCUAAAGGGUAAUUCAGCCCUUUACAUUGUUAUGGAGGAGAUUCAGGCUGACAGGGAACUGCAAGUGUCUCCUGAUGAAGGUGUGGCUCCUGACACAAGCAACACAGGUUUUGAGAAAGCUACGGAUAUCUCUGAUGUGGUUCAAGAUAUUUCCCCCAAAUCAGACUUUUUGAAGGGUGGACUUCAGUUCCACGUACUGUUAAAAGAGGCGUUGCCUGGAAGCGACUCCAAAGGUGUGGCAAGCUUUGAAGGAGUUGGUAAUGCCAGUUUGGAGAAGACCAAUCCCCACACUUUCUCUGGGUUUAUUCCAGCUGCCCAAGAAGCUGGCCUUGUUCUUGUAACAGUCUACACUGAGGCUGGUCGAGAGCUGGGAGGUACUUACUUUACAUAUGUGGAUGAGUUGUUUAGACCAAGCUUAAAGGAAAGAUUUCAAAAUAUAACGGAUGUGAAGGAAGCUUUCAAAAAAGACUCUCAAUAUGUUGAUAGCAUGGCGGUCAUUGGACGUUUAGAGGUGGACUGGUAUCCAAACCUUCACUUAGAUGGCACCAAAUGUUGGAAGUUAGGAAGAGCACAAAGAAGAUACUACCAUAUUAACAUAGCAUGUCUGUGCAAACGUCGUCCCCGGUUCCAUGCGGGCCACUUGCAAGAUCUGUUGAGGAGGACUGAGGGAGGCCCGUCUCUAAUGGAAGAGCUUAUCACUUUCAUUAAGCAGUGCUUUCCCGGAAUUGCAAUUGAGCAAAUGGCAGAUUGA